GGUCAGACCUCGGAGGUGAGGUUACGAUGGGCUCCGGACGCGGCCCCACUCGGGCGGCCCUUACCGGCAUCCCUAGACAGGCAGGCACAACAACAACAGCAGCCGCCGAGGCGUAGGCGCAGGCCGGCCUCGCCCGGCUAACCUUAAUAAGCACCGGCCGGGAGCCAACCCCGCCCCCUUCAAGAUGAAGGAUCCUUGCUCCGGGUGUUCGCAGGAGCAAACGCUGGAGCGAGAGCAGACGCCGCCUCCAGAUCAAACUCCUCCAAAGUUCAUCCACUUGAUUCCCCGGGUAGCCCCCAGGACGCAGCAGAUACCGGGCUCCCCCAGCAACGUCAACUUCCCGGAGAUGCCGGAGGUCUUGAGCCACCCCCCCAGGGUCCCGAGCCCGUCGCCCACCCAGCAGGAGGGGCAGCUCUCCAACCGCGACGAUGAGAGGGCCAAGUUCGACUUCAACGUGGUGGCGCGCCUGUCGCAGUGGAUGGACGAAAACCUGUGCCUUAUUCGGAACAUCAGCACCGGAAUGGCGGUGGUGGGACUCAUCUUACUCGCGAAAAGUAUUAAGCUGACAAACAAAUUUAUAAGUUCUUCAGAUAUUCCAGAGGAAUUUAUAAAAAAAAACGUGAAAUUACGAGGACGACUACGCCGGAUCACUGAAAAUGGACUGAAUGUGGAACAUACUCCCAUUACCGUCCCUCUGAUUUCAAGAUGGAGAAGGCACCCAUAUGGGGUUUUGCUGUUAAAGAUAGCUGGAGUGGAGCUCACUGAGGCUGGUUGGGGGUGGCUGCAAAAAGAGUUAAAACCUACUCAAAAACUGUGGUUCCAGCUGCUGGCGAGGGAGAAUUCAGCCCUUCUUUGCCUCCUUUUAGUGGAGAAAGGCAACUGGUUUAGCGUGUGUUUGAACGAAGAGAUUUUGAGAAGAGGGCUGGGCCGAACUGUUCUCAUCAAGGAGCUGGACCACAAAUCUAACAUAUUCUGGACAGUUCACAAAAAUCUCCUACAAGCUGAGCUGAAAGCUAUGAAAAAAGGAGAAGGGAUUUGGAAAGAACACUCUGAGAUAACGAAAUAUGUACAGAAAUUUAAAGGUUCAUGGAGAGAAAUAUGGUGUGAAGAUAGAAAGUCUGUUAAGAAAGCUAUAAGCUCACAGGCAAUACUCGAGAACGCAUCUUAUUAUCAAAUGUUAAAGCGUCGUUAUGAAAAAUACAAAGAAAAAGUAAAUACUUCCUUUUUCGUGAUGAAGAUCAAAGAGUUUUUUGCUGGAAUAAAAGUUGGUAAAAGAAAGUGAAGUUUUUAAAGAUUUCUGGAGGUUCUGGAAAACACCUGAGAAACCUGUGAAGUUAAAUGUUUUUUUGAGAAAUAUUGAUGAGCCCCAAAAUAAUCAGUUUUAGAUUUUUUCAAGAAAAGCCUAAUGAAAUUUCGAUGGUUUAAAAAAAAUGACUUUUAUACCCUUUAGAGUUUCAACAGAUUGCAGUGAAUAUGCUUUUUCUGAGCUUUCAUGGAAAUGAAAAAUAUUGUAUAAUAAAUCACCAAAUUUCAGGUUGUACAGGAA